GCAUCAAGCCCAGCCCCAGCAGCGCUGCUAGUAGUAUGAUGGGCAUUUCCAUGGCUGCUGCCGCCUCCGUGGCCGCAUCCUUUUGCGGUUGGUCCAGUGAUGCUCUUUGCUCUCUUUCUAGGCUUCUCUUUCUUCUUGGACAAGAUGUCUCACCAGAAAAAGCAGCCCACCCCUAUGCCCCCAGUGGGCUGCGGGAAGACUUGGGGCAGCGGCGGCGGAGGCAGCGGGGGCUCUGGCUGCAGCGGCAGCUACUCCGGCGGGGGCGGCGGAGGUGGCGGCGGAGGCUCCAGCUGCGGGGGAUACUCCGGAGGCAGCGGUGGAGGCUCCAGCUGCGGGGAAUACUCUGGAGGCGGCAGCGGAGGCUCCAGUGGGAGUGUCAAGUACUCCGGGGGUGGUGGCAGCUCUGGUGGCGGCGGAGGCUCCAGCUGCGGGGGAUACUCUGGGGGCGGGGGGUCGUCCUGCAGUGGGGGCGGUGGCUCCUCCGGGGGCGGCGGCGGCUGCUUCUCCAGCGGAGGGGGGUCGUCCUGCAGUGGGGGCGGUGGCUCCUCCGGGGGCGGCGGCGGCUGCUUCUCCAGCGGAGGGGGGUCGUCCUGCAGUGGGGGCGGCGGCGGCUCCGGCUGCGGCGGCAGCUCCUCCGGGGGCAGCGGUGGGGGUGGUGGCUCCGGGAGUGGCAAGGGCGUUCCGGUCUGUCACCAGACCCAGCAGAAGCAGGCGCCUACCUGGCCAAGCAAAUAAGGCUUCCCUUUGGACGCCGCGGAGACAGAGGAGCUGGAGAUGUUCCCGGUGGGCUCCUAUGGGCUUAGUGCUCUCUUGAUAUUGCCCUGAGGUUCCCAAAUGAUUCAUGUGUUAACACAUCCACAAGAAGCCUCAGAGCUCUGGGGCUGCAUCUUGUUCUGCAGUUUUCCCUCUCUGGAUUCUGUAUAACUACCUCCCAACCCUAGUGCCUCCUCAGUCAAU